AUGCUGGCGUCUCCGCCGGCAAUGAAUGGUGACCAUGGGCCAAUGUUGGACAAGAACAACAUCAUAAACGUAAGAGACGGAGAAUCGCUCUACCAAAUAUGUAUCAAAUUGCGGCGGCGCUUGUCCGGCGUGCCAGGCUUUCGCCCGUAUCUCGAGGAGAUGGAAGAGCGGGAGGCAGAUGGUUCGACAGACCCAGUGUCUUCUCUAUGGCAGUGUUUCCGGAGCGGCUUGCCGCUGCUCACUAUUUAUAAUGCUUCCAACCCAGAAGAAGGCGACCUUACCGUUGACACGAGCCGGCCGGACAGAGUAGGGAAAGAGGCAGCAUUUCUGUUCAUCAAAUCAUGCAUGCAGCAGAUGAACAUUCCCGCGGCCGACACCUUCACUGUGACCGAUCUGUAUAGUGACAAUACCACUGGAUUUGUGAAGGUCACAAAACUGGUGAACCGCGUGCUGGAUAUAUUGAGACUGAGUGGCAAACUCCAUCCGUCAACGGACAGUGAAGAUUCUCGUGACGGGACGGAUGCCGGUUCGAACGCUCCAGAGCAGACCCCCAAGACAAUGACGCGGCGACAAUAUAUUUUGAGAGAACUCGUGGAGACGGAAAGACAGUAUGUCCACCAUUUGCAAAAUCUGCAGGCGUUGAAGAAGGAACUGGAAGAAGUAGGCGCCCUAACCGGGGACGCCAUCCACAACAUUUUCCUCAACCUCAACAAUCUAUUGGACUUUGCGCAACGAUUCUUGAUUCGCAUUGAGCAACAAAAUGAAAUGCCGGAAGAGCAACAGAAUUGGGGCAAACUCUUUGUUCACUACCGAGAUCCUUUCAGACAGUACGAGCCGUUCAUCGCCAAUCAGAGGAGAUGUGAAGCCACUUGCCAACAGGAAUGGGACAAGAUGGUUGCAACUGCAAGAUCACCUCUGACGCAGCAGAUGCUUGCGAAUCCGACAAUCCUCAACGGAUUUCUCCUCAAGCCCUUCCAGAGGUUGACGAAAUAUCCGCUGUUGCUGAAAGACCUGCUUAAUCAGAUUGAAGACCCGACUCUGAAAUCGGAUCUGACAAGUGCAAUUGCCAUCAUUCAAGAUGUGCUCAUGCAAGCGGAUGCUUCUAUCGACAAGGAAACGCGAGACGACGCCCUACAAGACUUGCAAGAGCGGAUAGAUGACUGGAAGCAAUUGCAAAUUUCGGCUCUCGGUGAACUUCUUCUGCUUGGAACGUUCAAUGUCAUGAAAGAAAGCGCCAUCCGAUCGGAUGAGAAAGAAUAUCACAUCUACCUCUUCAGCCGGAUUCUGGUCAUGUGCAAGGAUGUGAAUGCCAAUAAACCGAAGAACAGGCUGGCGAACAACAAGCCGGCGCUCAGCCUACGCGGCAAGCCCAAGAUGAACUUGAAAGGACGGAUCUAUUUUGCCAACGUCACCCAGGUCAUCCCCCAGACAAGUCCCGGGAAUUAUUCCCUGCAGAUUUCAUGGAAAGGCGAGUCAGGCAUUGAGACGUUCAAUAUCAAAUUCAAGAACGACGACACCCUGCAAAAAUGGCAUAACUUGAUCGAGACUCAACGAUCGGCUUGCAUGCUGGAGUCCAAGACAAGAGGCAUAUCUGAAACCCAUCUUCUUUCCUUGCAAGGGGCGAAUCUAGAAAACCCGUACCUUGCACAGGACGAGGACGACGACUACAACAGACUCUCCGGCACAACCUAUGGCGGGACUGAUGCAAACGGUUACUCCGAGUUCAGCAUGAGCAGAAACGCCUCAAGCACCAGUCUUCGGUCGCGUUCCGCCACGGGAGGCAGUGGAGGCAGUGGCCCUCAGAUGUCGGCGAACCGCAUGCGAGUGCCAGCUGGGGAAAUUGGGGCUCUUUCCUUGAAUACUCGAGGUCUCCCUCUGGCGUCCCCGCAGGAAUUUAAUGGCGGCUCAUACUUUUCUCCCAUUGACCGGGAUACGCCCCCCGGGUCAUCAAUGUCUGCUCGGUCGAGUUCACAAUCCGCAUUUGCGGGAUAUCAAAGAGGAACUACGCCAGUUAGCGGCGGCAUGCACCCUCCAGAGUCACAUCGAAACACUGCUCCCGCCAUGGCUCGAAACCCCAAUGGUCAGACAAGUGGAAAUCCAUACCUGGCUAACGGUCGAAGUCGGGGACAAUCGUCGGGUCCAGGUAUGGGAGUACCUCGCAUGCGAUCCGCAAGCAGUCCCGACGUGCACCCCAUGGUCCAACAGGGCCGCAAAUAUACUGCGGCCGAGCAUGUCCCCAACGUGCCCCCUAUCCCCGCCCACAUGGCCAAACAGAUGGCCCCUCCGAGCAGGAGUCAAAGCAAUUCACCUAACAAUGCCCCUCCGUCACGGGGAAGUACUCCACAUCAACAAUUCGGGCUACCGUCUGCGCCGCGGCCUGCCAUGCCAAGUCAUGGUUAUAGUUAUGACCAGUCUUAUGGGCAUGAUCCCCGGCGACCUGGACAUGCAUCAUCCCUAUCACAAGGUCGGGCCUUCUCACCCCCGGUAUCAUCGCCUUCAAGUGACGGUGAGCCAUACAUUCCAAGUCAACUCAAAGCCAAGGUUUGCUUCGAUGAAAAUUAUGUCUCGAUGAUCAUCGCCAGCAACAUUCAGUUCAGAUCAUUGGCAGAUCGGAUCGACGCAAAGCUAGCACGGUUCACAAAUCAUUCCAUCGCCUCCGGAUCAGUUCGAUUGCGUUACCGUGAUGAGGACGGCGAUUUCAUUCUUAUCGACAGUGACGAAGCAGUCCAUGAAGCUUUAUUAGAUUGGCGUGAGACGCAUGCUGCAAACUCGGCAAACCCGCAAAAUGCAGAGCUAUUGUUGUUUGCACAUGCCGUCCAUGGCGAGACCAUAGUGAAUGGUUGA